CCAAUCUCUCCUCUCUCUCUCUCUCUCUCUCUCUCUCUCUCUCUCUCUCUCUCUCAUAUCUGAGCACAGGAUAGUACUAUUGCUCACUUCUGCUACAUAAAAAAGAAGUGUUGAUUAUCAGAUCAAAAGACCAUUGGAUUCUACUCAACUCACUUUUUCUUGAUCUCCCAUAUUGUCGCACAACGCAUACCUCGACAAUCAUCACAGCCGUCAAUCGACUGCGAAUGACCCUUUUUCCUGAAACUGUUGUUCUUUACUACUUCAUUUUCCAACUUGGGUUGACAAGUCACCUUUAGCUUGGUAAUCGGCAAGUUCUGCAGUUGCAUUAGGUGGAAUUCAUGCGGCUCUGCAGCUGGGGUUGGAGUACAGCUGGCAGGGAGCGGAGUAUUGUAUGAGCGUGGAUGGGGGAUGGGGGGGUUGGAUUUAGGGCUUGUUUGGGGAAGUGGGAAUUUGUUUUUUGAUUUCACGGGACGGCGAUAGGAUGAGCAACUCUGAUGUCAGCAGGGCUGGUGGGCCAGUGGAGAGAGACAUCGAGCAGGCCAUCACUGCUCUAAAGAAAGGUGCAUACUUACUGAAGUAUGGAAGAAGAGGGAAGCCUAAGUUUUGUCCAUUCCGCUUGGCAAAUGAUGAGUCUGUUCUGAUAUGGUUCUCGGGUAAAGAGGAGAAACACCUUAAACUUACUCAUGUUUCCAGAAUUAUAUCUGGACAGCGGACUCCAAUUUUUCAAAGGUACCCACGACCUGAGAAAGAAUACCAGUCGUUUUCCCUUAUAUACAAUGAGAGAUCACUUGAUUUGAUAUGCAAAGACAAGGAAGAAGCAGAAGUGUGGUUUAGCGGGCUUAAGGCAUUGAUUUCACGCAGUCAUCAGCGUAAGUGGAGAACAGAAUCAAGAAGUGAUGGCAUUUCAUCUGGAGCUAAUAGUCCCAGAACAUACACAAGAAGAAGUUCUCCACUGCACUCCCCAUUUGGAAGUGGUGAUGGCGUGCAGAAGGUGGAUGGUGCUGAACUUCGCCUGCACAGCCCUUAUGAAAGCCCUCCUAAAAAUGGUCUGGAUAAGGCAUUUUCAGAUGUGAUAUUGUACUCUGUGCCUCCCAAGGGUUUCUUUCCUUCAGAUUCUGCCAGCGGUUCUGUCCAUUCUGUGUCAUCUGGAGGGUCGGAUAACUUACAUGGUCAGAUGAAAGGAAUAGGAGUAGACGCCUUCAGAGUAAGCCUUUCUAGUGCUGUAAGCUCAUCAAGUCAAGGUUCCGGUCAUGAUGAUGGUGAUGCCUUGGGAGAUGUUUUCAUUUGGGGAGAAGGUAUUGGUGAUGGUGUUAUGGGUGGUGGACCACACAGAGUUGGAAGUAGUUUAGGUAUCAAAAUGGAUGCAUUGUUGCCCAAGGCAUUGGAAUCUGCUGUUGUAUUAGAUGUUCAGAACAUAGCUUGUGGUGGACGACAUGCUGCCCUAGUGACCAAACAAGGAGAGAUAUUCUCUUGGGGUGAGGAGUCAGGUGGUAGACUUGGUCAUGGUGUAGAUGCUGAUGUCUUGCAUCCUAAGCUAAUUGAUGCACUCAGCAAUACAAAUAUUGAGCUUGUUGCAUGCGGUGAAUAUCAUUCCUGUGCUGUCACACUUUCUGGAGAUUUGUACACUUGGGGUGAUGGUCAUUUUGGUCUCCUGGGGCAUGGAAAUGAAGUGAGUCAUUGGGUGCCAAAAAGAGUAAAUGGGCCACUGGAGGGGAUUCACGUUUCUUCAAUUUCAUGUGGGCCUUGGCAUACUGCCGUUGUCACCUCUGCUGGGCAGUUGUUUACUUUUGGUGAUGGAACUUUUGGAGUUCUUGGUCACGGAGAUAGGGAAAGUAUUUCAAAGCCUAGGGAAGUGGAAUCGCUGAAGGGCCUCCGCACUGUGCGAGCAGCCUGUGGUGUUUGGCAUACUGCUGCAGUUGUUGAAGUUAUGGUUGGGAGUUCUAGUUCCAGUAACUGUUCUUCAGGGAAACUUUUUACAUGGGGAGAUGGUGACAAAGGUCGACUCGGACAUGGUGAUAAGGAAUCAAAACUUGUUCCAACCUGUGUUGCUGCUCUUGUAGAACCGAACUUUUGCCAGGUUGCUUGUGGACACAGCCUGACAGUGGCUCUUACAACCUCUGGGCAUGUAUACACCAUGGGAAGUCCAGUUUAUGGACAGCUAGGAAACCCUCAAGCUGAUGGGAAGCUACCAUCUCGUGUUGAAGGAAAACUCGGGAAAAGUUUUGUGGAGGAGAUAGCUUGUGGUGCCUACCAUGUGGCAGUGUUGACUUCGAGAACUGAAGUUUAUACAUGGGGGAAGGGAGCAAAUGGCAGAUUGGGUCAUGGGGAUACAGAUGACAGAAAUUUUCCAACUUUAGUCGAAGCUCUAAAGGACAAGCAAGUGAAGAGUAUUGCUUGUGGUACUAAUUUCACAGCAGCUAUCUGCCUUCAUAAGUGGGUCUCAGGGGUUGAUCAGUCCAUGUGUUCUGGCUGCCGUCUACCAUUUAAUUUCAAACGAAAACGUCACAAUUGUUACAACUGUGGACUUGUGUUUUGUAAUUCAUGCAGCAGCAAGAAGUCACUGAGGGCUUCCAUGGCGCCAAAUCCCAAUAAACCAUACCGUGUUUGUGAUAAUUGUUUCAAUAAAUUGAAAAAAGCUAUUGAAACUGAUACAUCAUCUCAGUCUAGUGUGAGUAGAAGAGGAAGUAUGACUCAGGGGAUAAAUGAUGUCGUAGACAAAGACGAGAAGUUGGAUACAAGAUCUCGUCCUAAUCUAGCUAGGUUUUCUUCAAUGGAAUCCUUUAAGCAAGGGGAAAGCCGCUUCUCCAAGAGAAACAAAAAACUGGAGUUCAACAGCAGUCGUGUAUCACCAAUCCCAAACGGAAGCUCCCAGUGGGGGGCACUUAAUAUCUCAAAGUCUUUUAAUCCGGUUUUUGGGUCGUCCAAAAAAUUUUUCUCAGCUUCGGUUCCUGGAUCAAGAAUUGUUUCUCGAGCAACAUCGCCAAUAUCAAGAAGGGCUAGUCCUCCUCGUUCAACUACACCAACCCCCACUCUAGGAGGACUCACAUCACCUAAGAUUGUUGUGGAUGACGAAAAGAUGACUAAUGAUGGCCUUAGCCAAGAAGUUAUUAAAUUAAGAGCACAGGUGGAAAACCUCACUCGCAAGUCUCAACUUCAGGAAUUAGAGCUAGAAAGAACAACUAAACAGCUGAAGGAGGCAAUAGCAAUUGCAGGGGAAGAGACCGCGAAAUGCAAAGCUGCAAAAGAAGUCAUUAAAUCGCUUACUGCACAACUGAAGGAAAUGGCUGAAAGGCUUCCCGUGGGUUCUGCUAGAAACAUGAAAUCUCCGCCAUUCACUUCACUUGGUCCACCUUCUAUGCCUAAUGACGUUGCAAACCUCUCUAUUGACCGGGUAAAUGGUCAAACAAAUGGCCCGGAAUUAGAAUCAAAUGAGACAAACAGCCUGUUGCUUUCUAAUGGGUCCAACACUGCCAGUAAUCGCAGUUUGGGUCACAGCAGACAAGGUUACACAGAAGCAACAAUGAGAAAUGGAAAUAGAACAAAAGAAAGUGAGUCUCGUACCGAAAAUGAAUGGGUUGAGCAAGACGAGCCUGGUGUUUAUAUCACUCUUACCUCCCUACCGGGAGGGCUCAAAGAUCUGAAGCGAGUUCGUUUCAGUCGGAAGCGAUUCAGUGAGAAGCAAGCGGAACAAUGGUGGGCAGAGAACCGAGCAAGAGUAUAUGAACAGUACAAUGUACGGAUGGUCGACAAGUCAAGCAUCGGUGUAGGAAGUGAGGACUUGGCACAUUGAUGGUGGAUGUAUCACAUGUAUAUGGAAGAAGUUUUUCCUUUUUACCCAGCAUACGUGUUUCUGCUUCCGCCACAGAGGAAAGAUCAUAUUGAUUAGAAGGGUUUGGCAUAUGGAAAAAGAGUAGAGAGGAAUUUCUAAUCUGCAGUGUUUUCU